GUGGCGGAGCGCUCGCACAGCGCGCGUCUCCGGGCGGGCGGCAGCCGCGGGGCUCGACCCGCACCGCUUUACGCCGCCGAAGUGCGGGGACGGCCGCGGGCUCCGCCUCCGUUUGUUUAUUUAGUCCUCGUCACCCGCCUUUUGGUCGCUCGUUUCGGUCUAGUUCCUCGCUAUUAUUUUUGUUUGUAAAUUAGUCGCCUUCAUGGGGGGCGGAGGAAAGGAAAUAAAAGCUGCCGCAGCCGAAGGGUGCAAAAGCAUGCUGGGCAAGAGCCGCGGAGCCGCAGGACGGGAUGGCUGCGGCGGGGAGCGCUGCCCGCGCCGGGCCGGGCCGUGCUGCUCGGCGCUGCCCGUUCUGCUGUCUGCGCUGGCGGCCGCCUCCUGCGUGUACCUGGGGGUACGGACCAGCGACCUCCAGGCCCGGCUGGCGGCCAUCGAGGGCGCCCGGGGGGGCUCCGCCGCCGCCGCCGCUCCGCUCCCACCUCUGCCCGGCUUUUCUCUGGAACGGCUCAACGAGAUGAUGCAGGAGAAAGUGGAGCGGCUGCUCGCCCAGAAGUCCUACGAGCACUUGGCAAAAAUCCGAGCGGCGAGAGAAGCGCCCGCAGAGUGCAGCUGCCCGCCAGGUCCUCCAGGGAAAAGAGGUAAGCGGGGCAGAAGAGGAGAGACUGGACCUCCUGUAAGUACAGUGAUACAUUGUUGGUUCUUCCAGAAUCAGGGAGAAAUCGAUGUUAGAUCCUGUUUUGUUACCACCACAAUAAACUGAUCGUGUAUCAACAGGAGGGAAUCUUGAUGUUUAUACUUACACAGCAUAAACACUCGCUUAUUAUUUUGGAGCUGCAUAAUUUAGCCAGAAAGUUCCUUAAGGAAAUUUUAUCUAAAACUAUAAAGCUUUACAUUCAGCACUUCAGAUAACAGUUUGGAUCGCAAUUCCAUGUAAGUACAUU